AUGUCAGAUAACGAGAAAGAACCCGUCAAGGAUCAAUUUGACGAUGAAGAGGUUGACUUUUCUAAAUUGAAAAAGAAGAAGAAGUCAAAGAAGAAGGUCGAUUUCGAGGCAGAUGUCGAAACUGCUGAAGCACCUGCUCAAGAAGAAGAACAAGCACCUGUUGAUGCUGAGCAAAAUGAACAAGCUGAAGAGGAUCCUGAGGCCAUGUUUGCUGACUUGAAAAAGAAAAAGAAGAAGAAGUCCAAGCCUAUUGAAGAGGAUGCUCCCGAAGGCGAAGCUUCUCCUGCUGCCAAUGACGAAGAUUUGGACUUUGGAGGUUUGAAGAAAAAGAAGAAGAAGAAGAAGUCCAUGGCUCAAUUCGAAGCUGAUUUGGCCGAUGAGAAUGCUGAUGAAGACGAUGCCACUGAAGAAAAGGCCAACGGAAAGGCAGAUGGUGAAGAGGCAUGGUUAAAGAGUGACAGAGAUUACUCUUAUGACGAACUUCUCGACCGUGUGUUCAACAUUUUGAAGCAAAACAACCCCGAAUUAGCUGGUGAAAAGAAGAAAUACACCAUUGUUCCUCCUUCCAUCCAUCGUGAAGGUAACAAAAAGACCAUUUUCGCCAAUGUCACCGAGAUUAGUAAGCGUCUUCAUCGUCCCGCUGAGCAUGUCAUUCAGUUCUUAUUUGCUGAAUUGGGUACAACUGGUUCCAUUGAUGGUGGCCAGCGUUUGAUCAUCAAGGGUCGUUUCCAACAAAAGCAAAUUGAGAACGUUUUGCGUCGCUAUAUUGUCGAAUAUGUCACCUGUAAGACUUGUAAAUCACCCAACACGAUUAUGACCAAGGACAACAGAUUGUACUUUGUUACUUGUGAACACUGUGGUUCCACUCGUUCUGUAUCUGCCAUCAAGACUGGUUUCAAGGCACAAACUAAAGAAGAUAGACGUGCGCUCAGAGCUUAA